CAAAGUAAAAUCCCGUUUCAAAUCUUCCAGCAAUGGCUGCUGCUAUGGGAUUUAGCAGUUUUAUUACCAGGCAGAGUAUACAGUCGAAAAACGAAAUCAAGUACACGAAGAGGGUCGUCGAAAGAAAACCAACGAAACUAUUUGCGAUCCCACGUCGGAAUUAUAUUUCCAGCUCGAGCUCACCUUCUCCUGCUCGGACAGUUAUGCAGUUUUAUUCGGCAAUUAACGACAAGAACUUGAAAAAACUCGACAGUUUGAUAGCUGAAGAUUGUCUCUUCGAAGACUACUCUUUUCCUAAACCAUUCCGAGGGAAAAAGGAGGUCUUGCGUUUCUUGGAACAAUUAACUACGUGCAUGGGUCAUAAUAUGAAAUUUAACGUCGACCAUAUAUGCGAAGGAAACGACUAUACAGCUGGCGUAAAUUGGCACUUGGAUUGGAACAAGAUACAGGUUCCUUUCACUAGGGGAUGCAGCUAUUACUCACUACUCGUAAAAGGCGAUCAACUAGUCAUCGGGAAAGCUCAAGUUCUCAUCGAGUCGCCUAUCAAACUAGGAGUUGUAGCACUGACGAUAUUCAAGAUAGUGAGUACACUAUUCGACGCAUUCCCCGCAGCUACAGAGUGUACGUGUCGACAUUCAAUAAAUACUUUAUUUAUUAAUCUCGUCUUUUAAACACCGUAACGACAGAAUAUAAUCUGUAAAUGCAGGGUUCUUAAAGAGUCCACAUAUCGUAUUUCGACUACUGCUAAACACAUGCAACGUAUGCAUAAAGCCGAUAAUAAG